AUGUCAACCACAGCAUCAACGUCUUCAUCUUUACGCCAUUUGAUUUCCAUUAAAGAUCUCUCUGAUGAAGAGUUCAGGAUCUUAGUACAAAGAGCUCAACAUUUCAAGAAUGUUUUUAAAACAAAUAAGACUAAUGAUUUCCAAUCUAACCACUUAAAACUUUUGGGCAGGACUAUUGCCCUAAUAUUUACCAAAAGAUCAACUAGAACAAGAAUUUCGACCGAAGGUGCAGCUACCUUCUUUGGUGCCCAACCAAUGUUUUUGGGUAAAGAGGAUAUUCAGCUUGGCGUCAAUGAAUCAUUUUAUGAUACCACCAAGGUCGUAUCAUCUAUGGUUUCAUGUAUUUUUGCCCGUGUAAACAAACAUGAAGAUAUCCUGGCUUUUUGCAAGGAUUCCACUGUACCAAUUAUCAACUCUCUAUGUGAUAAAUUCCAUCCUUUACAAGCUAUUUGUGAUCUUUUGACGAUAAUUGAAAGCUUCGAUAUAUCUCUGGAUGAAGUAAAUAAGGAAACCAAUUCCAAGUUGAAGAUGGCAUGGAUUGGUGAUGCUAAUAAUGUCAUAAAUGAUAUGUGCAUUGCCUGUUUGAAGUUCGGCAUAAGUGUCUGUAUUUCCACUCCUCCUGGUAUUGAAAUGGAUUCAGAUAUAGUUGACGAAGCCAAAAAAAUUGCUAAGAGAAAUGGUGCGACAUUUGAACUAACGCAUGACUCUUUAAAGGCCUCUACCAAUGCUAAUAUAUUGGUAACUGAUACUUUUGUUUCCAUGGGUGAAGAAUUUGCAAAACAGGCCAAACUGAAACAAUUCAAAGGUUUCCAAAUCAAUCAAGAACUUGCCUCCGUGGCUGACCCAAAUUACAAAUUUAUGCAUUGUUUACCAAGACAUCAUGAAGAAGUUAGUGAUGAUGUCUUUUAUGGAGAGCAUUCCAUAGUCUUUGAAGAAGCAGAAAAUAGAUUAUACGCAGCUAUGUCCGCCAUCGAUAUCUUCGUCAAUAAUAAAGGUAAUUUCAAGGACCUGAAAUAA